AUGGACAGUUGGUCAGAGCUGGUCUCCUCAUACCCUGACAAUCCAGAACCGAGAGACAUUGAAAAAGCACUUCGAACUGCAGAAACACUUAUUUCAGGGAAUCUAGCACCAUUUGAAAUAGAAUGGUUGGCGCAAACCCUUCUCUUUAAGCCAAUAGAUGUUUUAAAUACAAUUGCAACAAAAAAGUCUGAAGAAUGGUUAAAAAAUAUUGCUGAAUCAUUCAAAGUCAUAUCUAGACUUGUGUGCAAGUAUUGGGAGGUCUUAGAAAAGGAUCAUGAAACAAUUGUUAAGCUGUGCAUGUUGCCAUAUGACGCGCAAACAAAAAAAGCUGCCAUCCAUUGUCUCAUCGACAUCCUCAAGAACCCUGGAGUGGACCCUGGCAAUGCAAAGCGCCACAUCGAUGCUCUAGAAAGUUCUAGCACUUGCAAAGCGCCUCUGGCUGUUCUUGUUGGCAAUAUAUGCCGGUACUGCCCAGAGGGAGUUGACCAAGAGUACAUAAGAGUAUGGAGAAUCUAUUUAAACAUGCUGCAACAACAAAAUAAUACAGACACCAUAGUGAAAGCAGUUCUUGAAGGUAUAGAUGGACUCUUCGAGAACUUUGGCAGGGACCUCCCUAUAAUGGAAGUGAACAAUUUUUAUAAGGAUUUUUCUAGAAAAUGUGCCAGACUGUCUAAAUGCAUUGAACCUCUGCUGUCCAUCCUUAAGUCUCAUGCUGGACUGUUCAAGGAGAAGUUAGCAGAAGAUGACGUUCUUCGCCUCUAUUUAUGGGGGUUGAACAGUCUCCAAGUGAAGGACGCAUUGCUAGCAGUCUAUACUGUUAUAUUUGAUCAGGUUUCGGAAGAUAAAAUAAAGACCAUCAUCAGUAAGGAAAUUCAGCCUAGGAUGGAUUCAGAAUCAAGUCUGGUCAAGCACACGGCACUACGCAUAGCGUUUUGUGCAAAGAAUGAUUACAAAAUACCUGUUCCUAAUAUAUUCAGACCUGAUGCCUUGGAGUUUCAAAUAAGGCAUCGCUCUAUUAGUCACCAAGAAGCUGAUCUGGUAUCUGUAUGUCUUGGAUCUCGCGAGAGUUAUGUCAAAUCAUUGCUCUUAACUAUAAUCAUGUAUUACGACAAUAUACCUGUCUCGCUCCGACAAGGAAUUGUCGUCAAAGGAAUUCUGGAAACUUCUAAAGAUGUUAGAAAAGCGGCCUUAACAUUAUUAAUUGAGUUGAGUCGACAAAAUGGCGGGCUAGAGAAGUUUGCUGAUGUGUGGAGAGCUCUUCUGGAUCCUGAUACGAAAGAGAAGUGUGUGUUGGAAGAAAUUUUGCAGCAGAUUGUGGUGCUGUUGAAAGCUUUUCUAGAUGCUUCUAAAAAGGAUCCAAAUCAAGUGUUAUCGUUGUCAGGUGUGCUGUCUUUCGUGCUGAGUGUGAGCGAGACAGAUAAUAGCUCUCAACACUGUGAGUCGCUAAGACCAGUUAUUAACGAGCUUUCUAACGUUCUGUGUAUACCCCCUUCGAGUCUACUAUCUUCUAAGUUUGUUUAUGUGGAAAUGUUUAAAGAGAACAGUCUUUUAAAACAACUGCUGUCCACAUUCAAGAAUGAUAAGCGUGAUGAUAACCUAUCACUGUUACAAGUAAUAUUUAGUAACAAUACGGUUGAUACAAAGUUAUUAACGAAGGCUCUAUCAGAAAUGAACACUCUUUUAAAGUCCAAGAAGGAUCUGGAAUAUCGACAAGUUUGUAAUAUAAUGAAUCAGAUAUUGAAACUAAAGUCCACAAGAAGCGUCUCAACAACAGAUGAUAGAAUACUCCAAAGGGAUCUGUCUCUGCUUAUAGGUGAACACCGUCAUUUAAUACCAAAAGAAGAUUUCACAGAUGAUUUGUAUUCCCUGGAAAUGGAUAAUAAAAUAAUUAUUAGCCUGCCUAAUAUAGUGGAUGGAAAAAAUUACAAGAUUGAUCUGCUAAGAAUCCUUCAAAUCUCUCUUCUACACGAGGAUUAUGAAACGUUGUAUUGCCUUCUUACAAUUAUCACAGUUAAUUUAAGAGAUAGACCAGAGCCCGGUCUCCAGUACCUCACAUGGAGAGUCAUCCACUCCAUGUUCAGGUGUAGUGAUGUAGUGGACGUGACGUCAGCGCUGCGUAUGUGUGCGACCGCUGCGUGUGCGCAACAAGCCAUUCAUUCUAUAACUGCUGAAGUUAAUCCAGCUGUAAGAAGAAUGCUCUGUGACAGUCUGCAAGUUAUUCUUCUUCAAGACCCUGGCUCGGAGACGAGUGGAGAAUUGCUGACGAUGGUGGCGGAUCAGCUCAUGGUGAUGAUUAACAGCCCGGAACAAUCUAAUUACGAGGCCGGUUUAGACAUAACGAGAAUAUUCUUAAAAGCAUUACGAGAAAAUGACUCUAUGUCGAUAAAUUAUUUACCGAAUAUUAUAACGUUAUUGUCUAAGAGAAUUGUGAACGAUGUUUAUAAAAGCGCUACAGAUAUAUUUAUGGAAAAAAUUGAUAUUUUUGAUAAUGACCAGAAAAUAUUGUCUGGUAUUGUAGGGAAUAUGUUGAUUAAUAAUAAUAAAACUGAUAUAGAAUACAUUUUGGAGUUUUUGAAGAAAGUUUUUGAAAUUAAAAAUUAUGAUGGCUCCCUUUUAGUUGAAAUGAUCUUUAAUGACAGUUUGGAUGAUGUUAUGCAAGAUGUCCUUACCGCAGGUUUAGAAGAGAAAUUUGUAAAUGUACUACAAGUGUUAGCGCUCGCUAAACACGAUUUUGAUAUAAAAGAUACCAUAUUGAAAACAUUUAUACCGAAAGAUGCACUGACCAAAGUUAUGAAUAUAUUAUCUGUGAACGCAAGUGUUGCCAUACAACAAAAUAUAUGCAAGUUUUUAAAUGAAUACUCUCUGAUUUUACUAGAGGUUGAUAAAGAGAAAACUCUGAAAUGCCUCGCGAAUUUAAUAGAAAAUUUACAACCAGAAUCAUUACCAACAUUAAAAAAUGAUUUUUCAGCAUGCCUAUGUACUUACAAAAAUAUUCUCAAAGUGUUGCCUCCUGAAAUAAAUAUGAGCUACGAUAAUUGGUGUAAAAAGCUAAACUUAGAAACAGUUACAGAAGAAUUGAAUAAAAUAAUUAACAUGGCAGAUAUAUUAGGGACUUUGGAUGUUUCUGAUGAGAUUUGCCAGAAAAUCCAGGCUUUGAACAUAUUGGCUGAUGUCUUUGAUCAUCCAAUAUCUUAUUCUAGAGUUUGGAUGGAUAUCUUGUUAGAGAAAGAGAACCAGAUACGUCAUGUUAUAGCAUCAGAUAUGCUAUCUAUAGCAGAAAAAUGUUUGAGUUGUUCCGAGUUUGAAGAUGUUUUGGAGAAGAAUGAAGAUUUCGUUCUGAAAUAUUUGAGGGUUUACUUUGAAAGGAUUUUAUUGACAGAAGGGGUUGUUACCAAUACUAAUUUGUUUAUUGAAGUGUUGAAAUAUUUUUGUAUUAAUUAUAAAAAAUAUGAGAAACACUAUGACAGGAUAUUAUAUAUUGUUGAAAAGAUUUGGCCAAAUUUUGAACAGUUAGACUUUGAAGUGAAACUCUUAGUGGCUUCUGAACUCCUCCGGCUUCCGAGAAGUGUUGGGUUAAUAUCACCAGUAAGGUGGAUGAUGAGUGCCAUCACAUCACCAGACACCAGGCUGGAUCAUAAACUCAGGAUGAUCACCAUUCUGCCAGGAGGAUCUGAAUAUAGCUCGUGUUACCGUUCCAUGGCUGGCACUCUACCCAUCCACCUAUCAGAGAUGGGAGGAGAUCACGCCGGUGUACUGCGUGCUCUGCUCGAUUCCCUCGCAACCACCGGAGACCUGACUCUCUUGGAUAUCAUUAUCACUUUAGCUGCGGCUGAUGAUACGAAAGGCUGGUGGGACGACGCGAUAGAUGCUAGCAUGUCCUCAGUAGCCGACAGGAGAGAUGAGAACAUCUAUGAUGCUGCGUACCAGACUAUGAAGAAGCGGCCCGGCUUGGGAGGCUGUCGACGAGUCUUUCUGCCUCUGUUGAAACACUCCACUCGAAUAUUUUGCGAAGAUUACGCCUCGAAGAUCAUUCCAGACCUGCUGUCGACACUCAAAACUGGUUUUAAAGAACCAACGAAUACAGAAGUAUUCAGAGAACGUGUCUUAUCCUAUGCUAAAGCAUUCUCUAUAUUGCAAAUGAUUAUUGAAAAGGUACCAUCAAAAUAUUUGGAGUCUGGUGUGAUUAAUGCGAAAGCUGGUUCUCAAGAUCCCUGGUAUGUCAUUAAGGAGGUGUGCAUAUAUUCCAUGACUCUGAGGACCAAGGUUCGGUGCCCGGAUAAUGCUAGCGCAGCACUCCAAGAUGCCUGUCUGCGUCUCCAAACCUCAGCAUACAACUGCCUGACCGCAGCGAUAUGUAAGAGAAGACCAUCUCAGAAACAGUACGCCGCCGUGUUCGAUAUGUCUGCGUGGACCAAGAUUGUGGACCCUCACGUUCAGCACGACUUGUGGCCAAGGGCUUACUGGGGUGACACCAAAUCACGACAACCUGGCGGUGCUGACGGCCAGGGACCGAGUAGUGUAUCAACCACUUUAACCUACUCCAGGACAGUCCGGACCAGUUUAUUCAUGGCCACGCUGUCAGAGAAUCCUAUGCAGUAUGACAUGAUACCAAACGAAGAUGAGGAGGAAGAUAAUGAUGUUGAAGAAGAGAAACCAGUUGGUUACGAGAACCAUCCGCUGAACGCUCAUGGCUGUCUGGUUUCCAUCACCGCACUGCUGGAACAUUCCAGCACCCUGGAACAUACGGAUUGGCUGACCAAACUUGCUGAAGGACUUACAUCUAAUUUACCAGUAAACGCAAAGUGGACUCUGGCACAGGCUAUAUGUAACGCUAGAACGGAACUGAAGCCACACGCUAGUGUUUUGACCCCGGCGCUGCUUGACCUCGUCGCCACUACACCUAAAGUUAUCGGCGAUAGACAAGUUUUGAACAAUCUUCACGUAGAUAUCCUUUGGACUGUAAUUAAAUGGGACAUAAAGGUACUGCCACAUUAUAACAGUAUAAGUUUGUGUGCUAAGUAUCUUAUAUCGACAUGCAUCGAACAUAGGUCUCAAGAGGGUGUCUCCAGGAGUUUACUGAACACCCUCAAUAACGUACUGCACAUCUACGGCAGCUGUAUGAAUAUUGAUUGGGAUGAAUUGCAGAAACAUAUUAAUGAAAUGCCAAAAACAGCACCUUACCUAUAUCCUAUACUCCAAAGAAUCCUAAAAAAUGGAAUACUAAUACCAGAGCUUCUUAAUAAAAUACUCGCUAAGUUUGAGGUCAAUGAUUGGAUGAAAUCCUCCAAGUUGCCAGAAGUGUUUGGGCUGGCGUUGUCUCUGGAAACAAACAAAGAAGAAUUCUUACCGAAGUUCUGGCAGAUCUUGGCCAACGUGAAGAGUACUAAAGUGACCGAUUACGUCAGGGUGUUGAAGUAUGCUCAGCGAGCUGAUCCAAAAUGUUGUAAUAGACAAAACUUUAGAAUAAUCACAGACUUAGCGUCUAAAGUUGAAAGAGCUGGUUGUCUGUCAAUAAUUUCUGUAUAUUUAGAAAAUUGUGUUGAAGAAAGCUCAUGCACCGAAAUUUUUGAAAUUAUUGGACUUAAAGAACUCUUGGAUGGUGAAAAUAAAAUAAUAAUCGAAGCAUUAAAGGUGGCGCACAAUGGUCUGAAGUUCAUGGACAGUGAAAUGAAAAAGGAUAUAUUAAACGCAGUUUCUAUUAACUGUCGCAACAGCUCUGUGAGUGUCCGAAAACAAGCAUUUGCGGUCAUAUUGAAGAUAUUUCAAGAUUUAGUGAUAGUCAAAACAGAUCACUCAGCAAAGAGAAGGGCGCUCCAAAGCACUCCCAUACUAGACACCUUGGGGUCUACGGGUUUCCAUGAGAUUAUAGUGAAGGAAGUGUCUCAAGGAGUGUUUGAUGGAAAUGAGGAGAUAGCCAAUAUGAUGAGGGAUGGUGUGGAAACCUGCCUUUCUAAGGAUAUGGCUGUGAGAUUUGCGGAACUAUUUUAUUUAAUAUUUUAUAUGGCAAGGAAGGAUAGAAAAGAAUUGUCACACUGUGGAUAUAUAUUGUUAGAUUUACUGUUUAGAGAUUUGAAGCGGCAAGAUGGAUAUACAGAUGUCAAGUUAAGUGACCAACCUUUGGCUCCAAGUGAUAAUAAUAUUGGGUACAUUACAUACGCUACUAUUGGGAGAACCUUUGGACAAAAACAGCUUGGGAGUGCUCGUCGAGAAAUUGACGUACAAAUGUCUGUGGCGGAUAUAUUCGAAAUUUUCGUGCAGUCCUCAAAGGUAAACUCCCAAAUAUGCAAAGAGCUGUGUCUUAAAUUAAUGAAGUGUCUUCAACUACAAGGUUCUGGACCCAGGUUUGGUCUCGAUUCAGUAAUGGCUAAGUUGCUAACUGACAUGCUGAAAGAAGAACCUAACUGUGUGACUCCAUUAGUUCUAGAAGCUUCUAGAAUCUUUUUGGAUAGUAUCAAUUUAGUAGACGGGUUAAAAGAUUCUUUGAAAAUUGUGAAACGAAAAGUAUUAAAUGCAGAGGCGUUAGCAUAUUAUGAUAUAAUAAUCGAAGACUUAAUUCUACGUAGUGAUGGAAGAGACUUCUUUAAUUUUAGUAUCAAAGAAACAGGUGACGUUGAAAUGAAGGAUGAAAAUCUACAAUUUUCCAUAGAAGGUCUUACAGAAGUAUUUGGCUAUCUAUCGAAUUGGGAGGAUUUAAGAAUACAAGAUAGAGAAUGUAUAGAGGGGUUGUUACCCCCCUUGAUGGUAGAAAGAGAACAAUUUAAGACGUAUUUAGGGGAGUAUUUCGAAGCUAAACAGAAGAAUAUAGAUUAUAAACUUUGGUUUAACAAGAUGGCGGGAUCGUAUGUAUCGAGUAAAUUGGGCAAAACAAUUCUACAGUUCAAACAGAAUUGGUUACGGGAUAUGGAACGUUGGCCUGUCAGAGAUUUUGUCGUAUCUGCUGUAAUAGAAGGUAUAAAAUGGCCUGCAGAUGAUACUCUGAUGACAUGUGACAUUAAGGCAUCAGACUGCUUAGCGGAAUGGGCCGCUAGACUAAUGAUCAGAUCUGCAUAUUUUGAUGGUGAUGAGAGAAAGUCGAUGAUGUGUCGUGGUGAUGAACUUAAAUGGUGCUCAGAAGCCAACGAGAGACAACUACCAAAACUGGCUCUUCAGUGUAUCGAGAGGAACAAAGGCUCGUUGUUCGUAAACGAAGCUUUGCCCUGGUUCUAUGAGAACGUGAGGGCUCGAAGACUUGUGGCUUUAAGAGAAAAUGAUACCAGCAAACUACAGAAGGCUCUACAAGCAACAGAAAGAGAAGACAAAGAUGUCUCAUUUGGAUUAAAGCACUUGAUUUUGCAGUUACGAAAAGAUCUAGGAGUAUUGUCUAAAUCAAAGUUGGAUGAAAUGUUAUUAUCUCUCAACAAUAUCACUGAGGAUCACAGCAGUUUCUAUUCGAACAAAAAUGGCGUCGAUUUGAUAACUCUUUAUGAGUUCGCCAUGGAUCAUUAUGAUGAGUUAUGGGAACUCAGUGAUACGUCCACUCAAGCUGAAAUAAUUUCUGACAUGGCAACACUGGUGGGAAAUAUUACAGAUGGCAAUCUCACAAAAGAUUCGAAUUUAAGAAUAUCUAUAUUAUUGAAUAGACUGGUGUCUUUUGAAGGGCUACUGAGUGAAGAGACCUCUAAGAAACUAUUGGAUAAGAUAAUGUUUAUACUACCAUCAUUAGAUACAUAUAGUAUUGAUCAGUUAAAGAAUGUCAGCAACGCGUUUCCUACCAGUAUCUGGAAGUCAUAUAAAAUAGAUAAAGAAGAAUCAUUUGGUCUCUGCAAGGAAUAUUUGCAACUGGUUUGCGACCCUUCGUACACUUUGGCGCGGUAUUGCGCUGAAUUAUCAAAAGAUUGGACUCAAUACCCAGCCAUCUUUGCUAAGAUCAGCAAUAAAUUUGACAGUUCAUUUCGAGGCACCGACUACAUAUCUUUGAACACUAUAAAGAAGAAAUUGUUUGCCUUAGAGAACGCUGAUACACGAGAAAGAGAAAAACAAUUAAAGAACAUUACGACAGAGUUAUUUAAGAAGCUAACGAAGCCAGUUCUGCGUUUGUCUCAACUGUCUCCCGAACUCACGAAGGAUACAACCCUGGAGGAGCAGAGGGAGAACCUCCGCAAGUUGUUGGCCCUCCCGUCCUCCGUACAUGUUGUUAAAUUCUCACAACAAGUCCAAGUAUUCGUGGACUCAAUAAGACGGCCAUGUGUUCUGUCAGCGCUGUUGUCCAACGGCACCACUAAGAAAUACAUCAUCAAGUCUGGAGAAGUCCUGGCCAACGAUGCUUCAGUCCAAAGGGCUAUUGCUGUGUUGCCCGAGUUGUUUGAAGGUCAAGUGAGGAGUUAUAAUGUGACAACUCUCUCUGAAGAUUGUGCUGUAAUAGAAUAUUUGGAAAAUUACCAGAGACUACAAGAGUUCAUGGGAGAUAAGGUUAGAAUUCCUGUGGUACGUUUAGACAACGAUAAGUUAGUCCUGUCGCCAUCUUUAGCCUUAGAACAAUACAACGCUUUGUGUAAUAAAAUACCAGUUUACACUUUAAGAUCUUCUAUAGAAAAUAAAUGCUCGUCGUUGGAAGAGUUCAUAGCAAAGAAACGUAUGUUUUUGGACACCCUGAGUACUAUGACAAUCACCAAUUGGUUAUUUGGGGUUGGAGAUAGACAUUUACAAAAUAUAAUGAUAAAUAAACAAGAUGGCGGCGUAUGCGGAGUGGACUUAGCGUCUGUAUUUGAGUACGGGCUGAGGGAGUUCGUUCCGGCGAGACUAACCGCCAAUCUUCUCGCUGUUUGCGAUGUUAAAGUAUUGGAAAGCCGCCUGCAGCGUAUGUUGUUAUGUUUGCGACAAUCUCGGCGACUCUAUGAAGCGUUCGUCAGAGUAUCAUUUUAUUGGAAAGGGAGAGACUUUAGUGAGAUAAAACACGUACGGAACAUACUCCAAGGGUCGAUGACGUCAUACCAAGUAACAAGGGACGUGAUAGAGAACUCCAAAAUAAAGCACAAACAAGAAUAUCUGAAUAUUCUGGAUGCGGUAUUCCAGAACUUCACGUGUAAGCAAACUUACAGCGUUGAAGAACAGGUGUCCUGUCUCCUACAGCAUUGUACAGAUCCCAAAAUACUAUCCAUCACUCCACAAGGAUGGGAAGCAUGGAUUUAA